AUGGCGUCCGCACUCUUCUUCCUCGACCUGAAGGGCAAGACCCUCUUGGCUCGCAACUAUCGCGGAGACAUUCCCAUGUCCGCAGUCGAGAAAUUCCCUAUCCUCCUGAGUGACGCCGAAGAAGAAAGCUCGGCAGUGCCUCCCUGUUUCUCCCAUGAGGGAAUCAACUACCUUUAUAUCCGCCACAGCAACCUCUAUAUCCUCGCAUUGACCAAGCGAAACACAAAUGCCACCGAAAUUCUACUCUUCCUCCACAAGUUGGUGGAGGUCUUCACCGAGUAUUUCAAGGUGCUGGAGGAGGAGAGUAUCCGGGAUAACUUCGUGGUGAUCUACGAAUUGUUGGACGAGAUGAUGGAUUUCGGAUACCCCCAGACCACAGAGACCAAGAUUCUCCAAGAAUACAUUACCCAAGAAUCACACAAGCUGGACGUCCAAGCACGACCACCCAUCGCCGUCACAAAUGCCGUCUCCUGGCGUAGCGAGGGGAUACGCUAUCGCAAGAAUGAAGUCUUCCUGGAUGUGGUUGAGUCCCUUAACUUGCUGGUUUCGGCAAACGGAAAUGUCCUCCGUUCUGAGAUUCUGGGUGCAGUUAAGAUGAAGUGUUAUCUCAGUGGAAUGCCAGAGUUGCGAUUGGGGUUGAACGACAAAGCCAUGUUCGAGACUACUGGUCGUGCCACGCGAGGCAAGUCCGUCGAGAUGGAGGAUGUCAAAUUCCACCAGUGUGUGCGACUUUCUCGUUUUGAGAACGACCGGACCAUCAGUUUCAUUCCCCCAGAUGGUGAAUUCGAGCUCAUGAGUUACCGAUUGAACACACAAGUCAAACCUCUGAUUUGGGUGGAGUGUGUGGUUGAAUCACACUCAGGAUCCCGAGUCGAAUAUAUGCUCAAGGCCAAGGCCCAAUUCAAGCGCCGCAGCACAGCCAACAACGUCGAGAUUCUCGUUCCCGUCCCCGAAGACGCAGACUCCCCGCGCUUCCGCACUAAUAUCGGAACCGUACACUACGCCCCAGAGAAGUCAGCCAUCAUCUGGAAGAUCAAGCAAUUCGGCGGCGGCAAGGAGUUCCUCAUGCGCGCUGAGCUAGGCCUACCAUCAGUCAAGGGCGACGAUGAGCGCGGCGGUGGUAUGACCGGUGGAUUCGGAGGUAGCAUGGGUGGUGCUGGAAGCAUGGGCAAAUCCAAGCGACCCAUCAACGUCAAGUUCGAGAUCCCUUAUUUCACAACUAGUGGUAUCCAGGUGCGGUAUCUGAAGAUCACUGAGCCAAAGCUGCAAUACCCAUCCCUCCCCUGGGUGAGAUACAUCACACAGUCCGGCGACAUUGCCAUGCGUAUGCCGGACGUUCAAUGA